CUUGCGACCGCUCAGGAAGACAAUAAGGUUGUCUAGGCAGUCAUGCAAAUCUUCGUGAAGACCCUGACGGGCAAGACUAUCACCCUUGAGGUGGAGUCGUCCGACACUAUCGACAAUGUCAAGUCCAAGAUCCAGGACAAGGAGGGAAUUCCCCCGGACCAGCAGCGCCUGAUCUUCGCUGGCAAGCAGCUCGAGGACGGCCGCACCCUUUCGGACUACAACAUCCAGAAGGAGUCCACCCUUCACUUGGUCCUGAGACUCCGUGGAGGUGCCAAGAAGCGCAAGAAGAAGGUGUACACCACCCCAAAGAAGAUCAAGCACAAGAGCAAGAAGACCAAGUUGGCUGUGCUCAAGUACUACAAGGUGGAUGGUGAUGGAAAGAUCGAGCGUCUCCGCCGCGAGUGCCCUGCUCCCGACUGUGGUGCCGGUGUCUUCAUGGCGGCCAUGCACGACCGCCAGUACUGCGGCCGUUGCCACCUUACCUACAUCUUCGACAACGAGAACAAGGCUUAGAUGCAUUUGUCAAGGUCUGGAAUGGAUGAAGUAGCUUCUGGUGUGGUGGAAUAUGUAUCAUAGAAUACUACAAUACAGUUGCUACCAACCUU